AUGGCGUUCCAGACACUAAAGACGCUAUUUACGAACGCCCCUAUUCUUACUCAAUGGGAUUUCGAGAGGCCAACCUUCGUAGAAGCAGACUGUAGCGGCUGGGCGCUUGGGGGCACACUUACGCAGGAAGUCGACGGACAACGCAAGCCAGUAGCGCUCCACUCGCAGAAGCUAUCACCGGCUGAGCGCAACUACCCAAUCCAUGAUAAGGAAAUGCUCGCUAUUAUUCGUUGUCUCGAACAAUGGUCAGCCGAGCUACGAAGCUGUGAUAACUUCGUUAUCCUUACCGACCAUAAGAACCUCGAGUAUUUCAUGACGCGCCAACAGCUCUCGGAAAGGCAGGCACGUUGGGCUGAAUAUCUCUCGCGUUUUAACUUCCAGCUCCAGCCCCGUCCGGGACGGAAGCAGUGGUGCCAGACGCCUCUCUCGCCGCGAACAGGACCGACCAACGCGGAUCACGAAGCACGAGAUAUGCAGCUUAUUCCAGAAGCAGCCCACGCCUACGCGUCGGAGUAA